CAACAAUCUCAGAACCACACACGCAAUACAUCGAGGAAGGGUGAGAUCUGUUUUAGACCUUCUUUAAAUGUCAUUUUUAAAGCAGAUAAUACGAAUUUCACCUUUAUUCAGAUUUCCAGACACUAAAUUAGGAUUGCGGACACAGCAGUUAUCCAGCAUGGCAGAUAAUAUCCCAUCUCCUUGUGUAUUCUGCGGACCAUCAGGAGCAGGCAAAAGUACUUUGAUUAAAAAACUGAUGGAUGAAUAUAAAGAUGUAUUUGGAUUUUCAGUCAGCCAUACAACUAGAAAACCUAGAGGCUCAGAAGUUGAUGGAAAAGAUUAUCAUUUUACAACUCGAGAAGACAUGUUGUCGGCAAUUGGGAGAGGGGAAUUUAUUGAACAUGCAGAAUUUUCUGGCAACCUCUAUGGCACAAGUAAAGCGGCCGUUAACCUGGUCCUUAAUGAAAGGAGAAUGUGUAUAUUAGAUAUUGAUGUACAAGGUGUGAAGAGUAUUAUGAAGACCGAUUUGAACCCUAUUUACAUAUUCAUUAUUCCGCCAGACAUCAAAGUUUUGGAAAAGCGAUUGAGAGAACGAAAAACAGAUAGCGAGGAAGCCAUUUUGAAGAGACUUGAAACUGCUACACGAGAACUCAAAUUCAUUCAUGAACAGGGUGAUUCCGUGCAUAAAAUCAUCAACAAUGAUGUAGAAGUUGCCUACAGUAAACUGCAGGGAGUACUGAGCAGUGAAAUUGGACGCGUCCGAGACAUGCGAUUCAAGCUCAACCUCUGAGUAUGGUUAAAUAACAGCCUACAAAAAACUAAGUGUACAACCUUAUUAUAGAGAGCACCUUUAAACAGCCAUUCCUAGAUUUUGUACAGAAUUAAGUGUUUUUAUUAUCAGAGUAUCAUAUAUGCAUGGAGAGUGGUGUAAAUCAAAGGAUAUGCAGGAGUAUUGGGUGUGAAGCCCUGUGUGAAACAGACCCAGAGCUUCUGUGUGACAGAGGGACAAAUGCUCUGAAGACAAAUUUCCAAAAUUAACAUAAAUUAGGCUCUGGAUACAAAUUUCCAAAAUUAAUGCAAAUUUGAGCACAUAAUGAAAGGCUUGCAUAGUAACAAAUUAUAUAUAAUACUGUUAUUUUCAAUGGGGUGCUAUGUAUGUAAAUUAAUUUGAAAUUUAAAUCGGGAAUUACAAAAGUUCAGACAAAUACAGCAGGGAUUAAGAGCAUGCGCACAAACCCUAAAUAAGACAUUUACAUAAUGUAAGGCUUGCAUAACAAGUUAUGUAAUACUGGUAGUUUUUUAUGAGGCAUUAAUUAUGCAAAUUAAAUUUAAAAUUUAAAUCAGGGAUUUGAAAAGGUCACGCAAAUGCAGCAGAGGUAAUUAAAAUGAGCCUGCACGCAAUUCAAUUCAAUAAACAUUUAUUUCCAUUUCCAUAAAAUAAUAUAAACAUUUUUUAUAUUAUUUUACCAAUAUAACUUGGUAUACAGUUCUUUAGCUAAAAAAAUAGAAUUCUUGGCAUUGUUGCCAGCUUUAUAGUAUCAAGCUGUUAAUAACAUUCAUACAUACUGUAUAUUGGCAUGAGAAGUAUAAUUGCGUAUGUAUAUGCUUUUUAUUCAGUUCUAUUGCACAACUUAGCUGUUGUGAUUGUAUGUUAUUGUGUACAUGUACAUUGUUUUCAUUCAGAAAAAUCCCUACUGAACCAAUGUUCUUCAUAGUCAGGUUGUUAUAUCUUCUCAGAUGAUUUACUAUAUUGGACUAGAAUGCAAAAAUAUUGCCUUCUAUCUUUCAGUGUGUGUAUUUGUAUUGUGUGUGUUAACGAAGUACUGUUGUAUGUAAUAUAUAUUGGUAAGAGGUUACAAACUUUUUAAAAAAUGUCAAGACAUGUUAAUAAAUGUUAGGUAUUUAUCAUCAAAUUUUCAUAGGUAAAUGAUAUACAGUUUUUUUUUGUAUAUAUGUAUCUAAACACGAGUACAGUACAUCAGUAGUUUACAAUUUUGAGUCUACCAAGUUUGGAUUGUUGAUCAAAAAAAUAAAUAUUAUAAAUAAAUCAAAAGGAAUUAAGAUCAAUAAUGUUAUCAGUUCUGAUAUAAUUUUAGUUAUUUCUAUUUUAUGUUAACAAAAAAAAAGGUUUUUGGCAAUAUUGUUUGACAGAUCAAAAUUUGUUGAUAUAGCAACAAGAAAUAUAGAGAUUACAUGUAGCAAGAGAUGGGCUCAGCACAAAGUGAAUUUUUCUUAAUGUUUAAUGUAAUAUUUUAUCAAAAUACAUUAUAUUUGUUGUUUUUUUUUACAAUUAUGUGGAAGCAGCUGAUUUACAUUAUUGAUGUCUAAAAAUGAAACAAAAAUAAAUAAAAUGAUGUACAGUACUGUACUAGUAUGCUAUUUUUACAGUAUUCUAUAACAUGCGAGGACCAUAGUAAGGUAGUGAAAUAUAGACGUAAAGAAUAUGUUUAUUUGUAAUUUAGCAGGGCUAUUGAGUGGAAUGUACAAACUAUUCAUUUAUAUGUGCAAAAUGAGAAUUUCUGUUACAACUGUUUACCAGAUUCUCGUUCACAGCCCUUCAAUGCAGUGUUACGACUUUAUUGUUGAAAAAAAUAAGGUUAAAAUAUACACUGUUGACCUAAUAAAUUUUUAAAAAUAUAAUUGCUUAAUUCUUAGUAGAUAUAAUUCAUUUAUCUUUAAAUUGAAAUUUUAAAUCUUUUUAAUUUAUUUUUAAGGUACUUCAGAUUUUACCAGACAGUGUAAAUACAAUAUUACAGUAUGCAGAUUUUUCCUUUGGGAUUUUAAUAAACUUUAUAUUAAGUAGGUAAAAUGUUCUUAUACAGUAGUAGUUUUUUAAAAAGCAGUAGUAGUAUUAGGAUGUACCUCAGUUACUUUUUGAUGCAAGGAUUAAUCAUGCAAGAAAUCCCAGUUUAUUUAAGUAAAAAACAAAAGAAACGUUAACACUUUUGGUUGAAUUUUUUUCAUUUUUAUUGUUUUCUACAACAGUGGUGGAUUAGUAUUGCAAUAAAUGUUUACACCAUACACAA